ACAUUGACGUUUCUCACACCUGCUCUAAACGGAUAGUGGAGUAUUUUUAUUAUUCACAUUGUUUUUCCUGCAAAACUUCCUUCAUUUUGCAUCCUAAAUAAUGGUCUCUUGGAGCAGCAUUUCACGUCCAUUGACGGCUUUAUCACAAUAUCGGAACAUUUUAAACUCACCAGUUUGCCGAAAUGCCGUACAACAGCAGAUACGAAAAUCUGGACAUGACCAUCAUCAGUUCACAAUACAGCCUUCUCGAUUCCAGUGGAAUAAGUUCAAAGAUUUGUUGCACUUCUACGUCAUGAUCGGUCUUAUUCCGAUUACAGGAAUUGUUUUGUACACUAACAUUUUCAUUGGCCCAGCUCAGUUGACCGAAAUUCCAGAAGGUUACGAGCCCAAACAUUGGGAAUAUCAUAAGCACCCAAUUUCUCGCUUUAUUGCUCGGUACAUCUAUCCUUCUCCGCAACAAGAAUACGAAAAAGCCUUGCACCAUAUUUUUGAAGAAAAUGAGAAAGCUAUGAUAAGACAACUUGAGAAAGAGGUGAAUGAAAAAAUGGCGGAACGUAAUGAUUACAAAGCCUAUUACUACAGACCUGCCAUCGCCAAAUAUCAUAGAAUUUCUAAAGAGGCUGCCGAUCAAUUGGAAUCAAUAAGAGGCACUAAAUAAAUGUUUUAAAUCGGUUUUAUUUGUAAAAAAACGAUGAUUAAAGUUAAAAAUUGGAGAUUGUAAUGUUCCAAUUAAUAGUUAAAAUAAACGCAUUAGGUUGCUCUUAAA